CAACGCUGAUUAAAAACACUGUUGUCCUCUUGGCAUAUCGCACUAAGCAAGAAAUCAUGGAAAUGUCCGAGGCACUCCGAUUUCGAUCACACAACUUCUCCCUCUUCCCACGUGCACCCAUCUCUUCCACUGAGCACCCUCACAAUUUGAUGCCCAUUUCACCAAAAUUCAGUUCAAACACAAGGCUGUCGGUGACAACGGCGAAGAAAAAGUCAAGCAUCGAAGGUGUGAGCGAAGAGUUGACCGCCAUAGCCUCUCUGAACCUUGACUUCGCACCCUCGCGGAGACGGGUUCGUUCAGCUUUCACUGAGGUGCACCAGCAGCUGGACCAUUUCUUGUUCAAGGCUGCUCCUGCUGGGAUCAAAACUGAGGAAUGGUACGAAAGGAACUCCAGGGGAUUGGAAAUUUUCUGCAAAAGCUGGAUGCCUGAAUCUGGCGUUCCACUCAAGGCUGCUUUGUGUUUUUGUCAUGGAUAUGGCAGCACUUGCACUUUUUUCUUUGAAGGUGGUUUGUCAUAAUUGCAUGCCCUAAACCCUUAGAUAUAUUUUU